AAAAUGAUGACGAGGAACAGAAAAGGCUACUCUAAAUUUGAAGAUGAGGCUGAGAAUGAUAUUGACAUAUUCAAAAGUGAUCCAUUGCAUCUAGACGACCAAGGAUAUCAAGGUUCCUCAUCAUUAGAUUCAAAAGAGGAAGAUAAAAAAUCUGACUUAGAAUCUGGCAAUACAUUCCAAAAAUAAAAACAAUAGGUUAAAGAAAUAUAAAGAUCUGCAUGUCUAUCCCCACGACUCAUUCAUUUCAUCAUCUGGAGAUGUGAUUGCAGAGAUAUUCUUCAAGUCAAUCUCAUACAUUUUAUUUGGAAUGUGGCUAAUCCAGUUCAUCCUGGGUAUGGCAUGAAUUUACUUUUACCCAAAACAAAAGAUUCUUAAUUUUUAUUUAUACUCAUAUACAAUUGUGUUCACUUUUAAAUGGCUAAUUGCAGCAAUCUACACAUCCUUCUUUUGAGGACUCUCAUGGAUGACAAUUUCCCUUUUCUGAAUAGAGAUAUCAUGGAAAACACUGAAAUCGGGUUGGAUUACUCUAUUUAUGUUAAUCAUUGGAGUCUUGUUGAUGAUCUCUGUUCCUACAGGAUUACAUGCUUUAUACAUUCCAGCUGAUAUCCCAACAGCUUAUUGUCUGUUUAUUUACAUUGAGGUCGCAAUCACAGCUUUGCACGUAAUACAGACUUUAAAGAAAAUCAUGAUGGCCGUCUUCAACAGCAGCAAAUUCAAUUCAGAGAUCAACCUCCUUCCCUCGGAACGACCGAAAGACAUCAUCGAGGAAACCAAGGCAAAAGAAAAGAUAAAGGAUGACCCUUAUGCAAGAGUGCGGACAGCAAUUUACAAAGAUACUUCUAGAGCUCCGAGGAGAAAACAAUAAUUUA